CGUCACCGCCGCCGCCGCCGCUACCGGCCGGAACCGGCGCGCCGCUGCCCCCCGCACAUGCGCAUUGCGGCGCUCGCCCGUAGGCCCGGGCCUUCCAGCAGCCCGGGCCCGGGGCGCCUGGCCUGGGCGGCCGCCGCACGGGGGAGGCCAUGGGCCGGACGAUCAACUCAUAUGUAGAGGGUUGUGAGUCUCUGAAGCACCUUAGCAGUUUGUUUCCCUCUUCCUACAAGGCCAGGUGUCCCAGGAAAACCUCCCUUGUCUUGGCACAAGACUUAAGUGGCCUCAGGACCGGCAGUGGACUCCUGACCUCCUGCUGAGUGGCUGCAGCACCCUUAAAAUGUCUCUUCCUUCCUGGAAAUUCAGCAAAGAGUUAGCGUUCCCAGGCUGUUGGAGCUCUUCCAUGUUCAUGGAUAACAUUUGAUAUGUGCCCUGUAAAUCCUGCCCUGGGACUCGGUGACCGGUGGGGUGCCUGAUGCCGGUAAUCCCCAUUCCCCGCCGGGUCCGCUCGUUCCACGGCCCCCACACGACCUGCCUGCACUCGGCCUGUGGCCCGGUGAGGACCACUCACUUGGUGCGUACCAAGUACAACAAUUUCGACAUCUAUCUCAAAUCCCGAUGGAUGUAUGGAUUCAUCCGUUUCCUGCUGUACUUCAGCUGCAGCCUGUUUACCUCCAUCCUCUGGGUGGCACUCUCUAUCUUGUUUUGCCUUCAGUACCUUGGCAUCCGGAUCUUUCUGCGUUUCCAGUACAAACUCUCCAUCAUCCUCCUCUUACUGGGGCGAAGGCGUGUAGACUUCAGCCUCAUGAAUGAACUGCUCAUCUAUGGGAUUCAUGUGACCAUGCUGCUAGUGGGGGGGCUGGGAUGGUGUUUCAUGGUAUUUGUGGAUAUGUAAAUAAAACAAGCGCAUGUGGGCUCAGAA